CCGCUCCACUGCCUCUGCUUCUCCGCCGCGCCAGGGGGUCAAACUCCUCCAACCGAUCAACGACGCGACGAAGAACACCCCGAACCCGAACCGGAACCAUCCGAGGCCGCCGGAGGCCGGAGCAGAGCGCGCUCCAAGUUGAACCCCCCCCAUCUCCUCUCGACGUCCAAAGCCGCAGGAGAUUAGCAUUAUCUUACUGAACUCCUGCUGCGGAUUAGCAGGUCCACUAUAAUCUUUAUAUGACCUUGUCUGGGAUGGCUGUUGCUUUCAAAGCAAGUACGAGUUCUACCACACAGCAACAUUGGCCGAGUCCAACAAAGGACCGGUGCCAAUAUGGUUUCACUCAGUUAAGCAGGCAAAAGUACAGGAAAAAAUUUGCAGCACUGCAUGUGACAGCUACAUCAGGAAAGCUAGACCUAGAUUUCACUGACCCUUCUUGGAACCAAAAGUACCAGGAAGACUGGAACAGGCGUUUUAGUUUGCCACACAUCACUGAUAUAUAUGAUUUGGAGCCAAGAAGAACUACAUUCUCUUUGAAGAAAAACAGAAUUCCCCUGGGUGAUGGUGAUGGCUCAUCAGCUGAUAUGUGGAACGGUUAUGUAAAUAAGAGUGAUAGAGCCCUUCUGAAGGUGAUAAAGUAUGCCUCUCCUACUUCUGCUGGAGCUUUGUGCAUUGAUCCUGAUUGUAGCUGGGUGGAACACUGGGUUCAUCGUGCAGGUCCUCGUAAGGAGAUAUAUUACGAACCUGAAGAAGUAAAGGCUGCCAUUGUUACCUGUGGAGGGCUCUGCCCUGGUUUAAAUGAUGUCAUUAGACAGAUAGUAUUUACCUUGGAGAUUUAUGGGGUGAAGAAUAUUGUUGGAAUCCCAUUUGGUUAUCGUGGAUUUUUUGAGAAAGGCUUAAAAGAAAUGUCGCUUUCACGUGACGUGGUGGAAAACAUAAAUCUUUCUGGAGGAAGUUUCCUAGGAGUCUCUCGUGGAGGAGCUAAAACUAGUGAAAUUGUAGAUAGUAUACAGGCCAGAAGAAUUGACAUGCUGUUUGUAAUUGGUGGAAAUGGUAGCCAUGCAGGAGCUAAUGCUAUUCAUGAGGAGUGUCGAAAGAGAAAACUGAAAGUUUCAGUUGUAGCAGUUCCAAAGACCAUUGAUAAUGAUAUACUUUUUAUGGAUAAGACGUUUGGUUUUGAUACAGCUGUGGAAGAAGCUCAGCGUGCUAUCAAUUCUGCCUAUAUAGAGGCACGUAGUGCAUACCAUGGAAUUGGGUUGGUAAAAUUAAUGGGAAGAAGUAGUGGAUUCAUAGCCAUGCAUGCUUCUCUUUCCAGUGGACAGAUUGAUGUCUGCCUAAUACCUGAGGUAUCCUUCACACUCGAUGGAGAACAUGGUGUCUUGCGACACCUUGAGCAUUUACUUAAUACAAAGGGAUUUUGUGUGGUUUGUGUUGCUGAAGGUGCAGGGCAGGAUUUACUGCAAAAAUCAAAUGCAACUGAUGCUUCAGGAAAUGUGAUACUUAGUGACUUUGGUGUCCACAUGCAGCAGAAGAUCAAGAAGCAUUUCAAGGACAUCGGUGUUCCGGCUGAUCUAAAAUACAUUGAUCCAACAUAUAUGGUUCGGGCCUGUCGGGCAAAUGCAUCUGAUGCUAUUCUCUGCACCGUACUUGGGCAAAAUGCUGUCCAUGGAGCAUUUGCUGGGUUCAGUGGCAUCACGUCAGGUGUUUGCAACACACAUUAUGUGUACCUUCCCAUCACAGAGGUCAUUACAACACCAAAGCACGUUAACCCCAACAGCAGAAUGUGGCACCGCUGCCUCACAUCCACUGGCCAGCCAGACUUCCAUUGACUCUACUUCAUUAACACCUCUCAGCAAGGCACCAAGAGAAUUGUUAAUCCUGCAAGGGAUUGCUAACAGGAAACUUGAAUAAAUCCGUCUUACGCAAAAAAAAAAAUAGUGAGGUUGGAGGAGCUCAUAGCGAAAUUGCUGGAGCCACUCCCCAGGUCAUUCUGACGCCGUUCUCUUGGUUUGCCCCAUAAGUGAAAAUAAAAAUCUUAUUGCUGCAAACGAUUCUACAAAAUCGCACCAGUACAAAACUGGCGUCAGCACUGAGAUGUUUUAUUGAUGAUGUACUCUGUAUAAUAGGUUAUUGGAUAUUCUUACUAGGAAGUGCAGUGAUCAGAGAUGAGCUUUUGGUUGCAGCGUUUCGAUGUUUGGUGGUGUCCGUCUCGGGAGGUCAAGUAUUGUACUGUGAACUUGUAAUUUCUCUUCUUAAAUGUACGGGUAGAGCGAAUAGCGCUCAUGCCCGUAGAGUAGAAGAAAAUAAUAAAUUCUGUCUUGGAAGUUGGAACUUAAGCCUGGGCCUGGCGCCAACACGUUGCAAGUUGCAAUGGUAGAGCCAUAAGCAGCCCUUUUUCUUCAGAAUCA